AGGCGAUCAGAUGACGUUCAACUGCUUUUAUUACUGAACAGAUAUUUUAAAACGCAACCACAUAAAUCACCAGAUGAUAUCCGGCUUCUAAGUAAUUAAAACCGAAACUAAAACUAUUUAACUACGUACGGAAUUAUGUGUGGUUCGUGUAGAGAUGGGAUUGGAAGUUUUAACACACAAAAACACGAGAUUCCCUCAAUGCUAAAUUCAAAGUUAACUAUACAGUCUCUGGAUAUUCCAAGCCAAGACGAUGGGGACACGAAAAAAGCAGACCAUAUCACAAUCAGUGUUGUUCCUCACCAAAGUGCUAAGCCUACUUUCUCCCAGAUCUACUCUCGUAUCGGCUGUCUCUGCAGUAAAAAACUCUAUAAGAAAAGAACCGAAGUCCUUAGCCUAUUCUUUCCUCGACAUACUUUUGUUCCUGCUCUAUUUGAAGAUUGCGGGUGCAUCGUAUUUGACAGUACGUAUGGCAAAGAGUACGGUAUUUUCACGUCACCAAACUGGCCUGUUCCCUAUGAGGACAACAUUAGAUGUAUCCUCUACACCUUCAUCUCAGGAGAAAAUUACAUCAUCAACAUCAUCUUCGAAGAAUUUGAUCUGGGAAAGACUAACUUAGAAUGUAAGUUUGGAGAUUAUGUGAAGCUCUACCUACAUUUAAAAGAGCCCCUAAUAAACCAGAACACCACCCACAACACCUUCCUCUGCGGGAAGCUGUCAGACAUCCAACAGACUCACUACUCCUCUGGAAACGCCUUGGUUUUCGAAUUCCACACAGACUGGCGCCAAGGAAACAACACGGGUUUUCGAGGCACGUUUCGAUUUAUCAGUAAAUCUCUAUUUCAGACAUCUGGUGAACUAAUAAGCGAAAACACGUGUGACUACAGAUUUGUAAGUGGGAGAAGUAACCAAAGUAGAGGGCGCUUUUUCUCUCCACAGUACCCGAGCACAUACCCUAAAAACGUGGACUGUACUUACCGAUUCAUGGGGAAAGAGAACGAAAGUGUUAAAAUCAUAUUUGAACAAGUUCGUCUACAGACAAAUGAUUUAAGUUGCUUAAACAACCCCGACAAGAUAGAAAUUCACGACGGAAACAGUGUUAAGGACCCUGUGAUUGGAGAGCUUUGUAACUCUAACACAUUUAAGGAGAUUGUCUCAACGGGACCGGAUCUAUACAUUCUCUUUCAAAGUCGCAGUCAUUUUCCGUCGCAAGGAUUCAAAGCCACGUUUUUGUUCCAGGAAGAUUCCAAGUUUGGAGGGGAUAUGGAAACGCCAUCUAUGGAACCGGAUCGAAGGAAGUUAUUUCAAGAUACUACAACAUCUGGUCCAACACCUCCAUGUUGGAAAUUUUUUGAUAGCGACACUUCCAAGAACGAUACUUUCGCUAGCCCUAGAUAUCCAGAACCUUACCCUACCGACGUCCACUGUGUUUACCAUUUCACCGGUAGAGGACGAGAAAGAGUCCAGAUUCUUUUCACCGAUUUUGAUCUCAACGUUCCAAGCGAGGGCGUUAAAGAAUGUCAAGGUCCUGUUGAUAUGAUGAUGGUCUUUAUCACCAUCAAUGGUCAGAAAGAACGUCUCAACAACUUCUGCGGAAACAACCUCCCCCCUCAGCUGAUGUCGAACGGACCUUCUAUGACAGUCGAGUUCAAGAGCUACCAAUCUCCAUCGAGUGUCAAGGGUUUUCGGGCUAUUUACCGUUUUGUCACUAACUUUGGAAUAACUGCAGGAGUACAGGACCCUCAACAAGGUAGUAUUUGUUUUCUAGUCACCUUGACGUUUGCGUAUUUCGAUGUAGAGGGCGUUUCACCGUGUACUACAGACCUGGCUAGCGAUUUCGUGGAAUUUUCGAACUUCCGGACAGUGGACAGAAAGAUUCCAAGACACUGCGGGGGGAAAAAACCCAAAAUAAUCGAAUCCGACGGAGACUUCUUUCGUGUCGCUUUUAAGUCUAAUGGGAAAUUUGACGGAACAGGGUUUGAAGCCUUCUACCAGUUCCGGAACUUUGUUGAUCCUCUUACAGUCAAGAGAAUUUCUGGAGCAGAAAAUCUACCCUGCUCGAAUCUCCAUACGCAUCUACUAUUGUUCCUCACAUCCUUGUGGUUGAUGGUACUAUGAACCCAUCAAACAAGGUAGAAAAAGUGGAUAAAUAAGUGAGACGAGUUACGACAAAUUUUUAACCACGGUUCUUUGCAACCAAAUAUGGAUAUUGAACUGAUUUCGUUGAGAUCGAUCUUUAGAAUCUGAUAUUGUGCUUCGAAGAAACAGAAGUGGAUGCUCAGAGAAUUUGGUGUGGACCUUCUAGACACGUAACUAGAAUUAUGGCAACCAAGAUGUUUCAUGACCAAAAUUAUUUAGGCUUAAUAAGUGUCAUGUUUUGUGGAUAAGUUCUAAACUAUUGAAGGAUAUGUGAAGUAUACUCAAAUACAGCUCAACCAAAGCCAUGACCCGCUUCAUUAGUGCACAUAUAAUGCGUGUCAAUCGGUAAAAUAGUAAUAUAUAUAUUUAGUAUUUCUCCUUUAGUUUUCAUAGUUGUAAGUUAUAUGGUACCUUUAUACCACGAUAUUGUUUUAAAACCAAACGCUAGAGAAUUGAAACACGUUGUUAUUAGUGCCAAACUCACGUCAGAAAUAAGUAAGGGCUUCCAGGCUGAGAGUGAAGGUUGGGGUGGAAUAUAAAUAUAUAUAUACGUUUGAAAAGAAUUAGAACGGUGACGGUUCAAAAUCAAAUUACGUAAUCGUGUUUAGAAGGUGACAGCUACUGUUUGUUUUGUUUUACAUAAAGCGAAACUUUUAUAGUUCUAUAGUAUUUGUAGUUACGUCCGUGUUUAAGCGAUUAAUCUAAAUACUGAUAGAAUUUCUUUGUAAGUAUUGGACAAUAAAAAUGUGUACACGAUCUUUCGCAGUCUAGAAAGACAGAGAACACCUCCCCCCCCCACACUUUGUGCUAAUAAAUGUAAAAUAAAGAACAGCUUUACUGUAACUGAUUGACAAACAAUAUUGUACAAAUUAUGCUUAAAAUCUGGUAGUCAUAAUUCGAAGUUUCACGGUUUUUGUUUCGAUCUUUUUAGUAGAUCGUCCUUCUCGAAUGUUAUACCAAAUAGUCCGGUUUAGGUCAGCACUAAAGAACGUCACCAUCCCAAUGUCUGUUUGAAUGACGUCAUUGUUCCAUGUGAUCAGUAGAACAGGACACGACGGCUCAAUGUUAUAUUGAAAAAGAAUUCACCAUUUCUUAAAUUAUUGAUUUUAACUGGAAUGUUUCAGAUUUCAGGUUAGAGUCCACGAAAAGUGACAGAAAUUUUUCUUAUUUUUUUCUUGUAAUACGAGAAAUAGAGUUCAUCAGCGAGAUAAAGAAAGUUUAUGUGUGUUUAUGAAAUGUUCGCCUAAGUCUGAUGUAGUACUGUAAACAGUAUGGUAGUUUUAUUAGGACCAUUCUCCAAAAUAAAUCUUUAGCUUUUAACGAAA